GAAUGACAGAGGAAGUGACACCCACUACACUCCGUGAAAUCAAGCUGCGAUUUCUUUGCCAGGAUGACAUAGAUACAGUGAAGAGACUUUGUAGGGAGUGGUUCCCAAUAGAAUAUCCUGAUUCAUGGUAUCGAGACAUUACUUCUAACAAGAAGUUCUUCUCCUUGGCUGCUACAUGCAAGGGGAUUAUCAUGGGUAUGAUUGUAGCUGAAGUUAAAAGUCGAACAAAAAUACACAAAGAGGAUGGAGACAUUCUAGCCUCAGGUUUUCCUGUUGAUACACAGGUGGCUUAUAUCUUAAGUCUUGGGGUUGUAAAAGAUUUCCGGAAUCGUGGAAUAGGAUCUCUUUUACUUGACAGCCUGAAGGAUCAUAUAUCCAGCACUGCUCAGGAUCACUGCAAGGCAAUUUAUUUACAUGUACUUACCACAAAUAAUGCAGCCAUAUCCUUCUAUGAAAACCGGGACUUUAAACAACACCAUUACCUGCCAUAUUACUACUCCAUACAGGGAGUGCUGAAAGAUGGAUUCACCUAUGUUUUGUAUCUUAAUGGUGGACACCCUCCUUGGACAAUCUUUGAUUAUAUUCAGCAUAUUGGCUCCACUCUAGCAAACCUAAGUCCUUGCUCCAUUCCUCAGAGAUUGUACCGUCAAGCUCAGAGCAUUUUAAGAAGUUUUUUACCUUGGUCAGGAAUUUCAGCCAAGAGCAGCGUAGAGUACAGCAGGACAAUGUAAGAAUGGUGAAAGUGCCUUGAAUGUUAUUACAAGGACUGACACUGGCGUAUUGAAUGCUGCUUGUAAGGAAGCAAGUGACUGCUUCAUGAAGGAAGACUGGGAUAGUGGAGGACUGGACAGCUCUUCCCAUGCCCAAAUCCAUGCAAGCGAGUCUCCCAGGGCAUUCAUUCCUCAGUUUACAGCGCUUUCAGACUUCACACUGCUACUGCACCAACAUUUGCCUGUUUUUUUUUGUUUUUUGUGUUUUCUUUCAGAGAAGAAUCAGAUUCUUAAAAUUAGUCUGCACUUAGCAGAUUGGUGGAAAUAUCUUUAGGUCAGUGUUGCAGCCAUCUGCAAAUUGAAACACAUUCUGUGGUUCUUACCUGUAUAUUAUGUGUUUAUCCUGCUUUUUUUCUGCAGCUGUUCAGCCACAUUAUGGUAGAAUGUCAGCAGUGUUUGGAGGCUGAGAAGUUCUCGUUUUGUAAGCCUUAGUCUGAAUGCCUUGUGCAGCCAUUUUAUGUAAAUAUGUUUCAUAUGUAUGAAUUUAACGUUUGCACUGAUCAUUUACUCAUUUAAUGGAAAAAUGCAAUAAUUAUUCAUAAAAGUAAUAUUAUUUAGCCCUAAGCUGAUAGUAAUAAUUUUAAGAUAUAUAUUUAUACAUUUCUUAAAGUGUCCAGUUUCAUUAGUCUUAUACAACACUGAAAAAAUUCCAGAUCCCCAGUUCUGCUUGCUUUUAUACUACUAGCACUGAAUUUCUGGCUUUGCAUUUUUUAAUGUAGAGUGAUUCGUGUAUGUGUAACCCUCCCUGGGUUAUCCCAACAUACCUGGUGUUGCAGUCUAGUUGAGUAUAUUAGCCUUUGUUUAAAAUAGAUGCAUUAAUUCCUUCAUGUUCCUCCUUUUAUCCUGUAGUCUCAAACUUAGUGUAUCCUACCAUCUAGUAAGAGGAGGUCUGUCCUCAUUAACUGCAGGUCUAAAAAAGACAGCAGGCAUUAUAACAGCUCAGCGUGUAAAACUUUUCCAAGUUACCUUGAUCCCUUUCCUCAUUCCACAGUAAACCAGGGUGUCACACCUCUUCAGUAUUGCUUGCUCAACUUCUGACAGUUUUAGUGGACCCAGGAUACUUGAUUUCAGAACUGGUGAUAAAAUUAUUACUCAUUUCAAAGAUAUAAUUAAUUGCAAAUAAUCUCUUGACAAGAUACAUUUUUCUCCAGUUUUAGUGGAAUUCUAUCCUGAUCCUUGAUAGAAAUGUGACCUUAUGUGAACAACGCUCUUUAAGUACAGUCAAAAAAGAGUAACAUAUUGUACAAAAGACAAUACUUGAUGUAAUAAAAAAUGUAUAUUAACUCCAAGAUUGCUAUAUCCCAGAAUAAGUAGAAGAUGCCACAGUCUUGAUCUUCAAAUAGAAAAAAGGAAGUCAGAUAUUCAUGAUCAUGCAUGAAAUUGUCAAUCACUAAUGUGAUACGGUUAAGACUGGCACCCAUUUUAUCCAUCUAUUUCUUCCUUUCACUUCAUUGGGCCUUCCUAGUUUCAGCACUUUUACCAAAGUUACAAAGCAAAGUUCACUUACUUUAACUUAUAUCUUGGGGUGGUCUUUUUGCUUAAUCAUAAUGAUGUGUCAUUCAUUUAAGAAGUGUGCCUGCCUGCUGAAAUAGGUUCUACUGUAGGGUAAGUAUAACCACUGUUUAGAUUGCUUUGAGUAGAGGCAAACCCAUGGAAGAGCAGCACUGAUUGAGGUUUUAUUGCUGUCACCAUUAAAAAUCAGGAAAAAUAGUUAAGAUAGUGUUUGUUAUAAAAGUUGCUUUAAGCUCAGGAAGAAGCAGGACCAUCAACACUUUUGGAGCUGAUGCUUUUGACUUCAACAUCUGUUAGUACAAAGUCCCUUGAAAAGUCAGAACCCCACAAGACUCCUUAGCCUCAGCUGCAGCCCUUCUUGACAACUUAGACUGUUACAGAGAACAUGAAUGAGGAUGUGCAGAAAAUUGUCUUAAAAGUGACUGAAUCUAAAUUUCUGGUUGAACGCCUUUUAGAAUCACAAAGAAGUAUCACAGAUUUUAAGUCCUAGAACUAGUUCAUGUAAUCUUACACUUUCUUGUCUGCCUGCACUUCAAUUACAUCUGGUCCAUGAAGGCUCUGUUGUCGAGUAAGAAAAGUCUGUCUCCUAUCCUGCAACUCUGCCCUGCCCCCCAGCUCAGAUCUCCAGCAUGUUUAUGCCUAGUCUCACUGUCCUUGGUGACAUUUCUGAGAUUGCCAUUGUUGAAUCUUGUAGUCUCAAUGUUGAUGCCAGAGGCUGUUUUGAUGGCUGGGUUUGUGGUGCCUUGGUCAGUACCUUAUAUCAUGGUGGUGUUGUCUGUGCCAUCAAGUCUUCUAUUGGCAUUAGUUUUUUUUUUUCCCAGUGCCUUUAUUGCCUUUGUUAAUGAGUCUCUAGACCCGGGGACCAGGGCCUUGGUUCCUGUGUUGAUGUCAUUAUACCCUGUCCCCCAGCAGUCAGCAUCAGUGUUCUUGACACCAGCAUCAAUCAGUUCAUGCUUGAUGCAAACAUAUUUACACUGGAUCCCCUCUUGCCUUUUACAGACCUGAUGCCUCUGCACUUUUUUUUUUUUUUUUUG